AUGUCGCUCUCGGUGGACCGGGAGACGUUCUAUCGGCGCAUAAAACGGCUCUACGCCGGCUGGAGUAAAGAGGGAUCCAAACUCAGCGAGGCGGAUGCGGUCAUCAUAGCUGUCGGUAAAAAUGACGAGGAUCAAUACAGUAAGUCGGUGACGACUCAAAUCUGGCUGAUGGGCUAUGAAAUGACAGAUACAGUAAUCGGCUUCACAAAAGAAAAGAUGGUCGUUAUCACGUCAAAAACAAAGGCCGAGUUCCUCCGUCCAAUUAUCGACGGAGCAAAGAGCAGCGAGAACGCGGAUGGAACGCCAGAAGUGACUGUACUCAUCCGCAGCAAAGAGGACAACACGGAGAACUUUAAGAAGUUCUACGAUGUGGUCAAUGGCGACACAAUCGGCUCCUUCACGAAAGAAGCCUUUGCAGGCCCGUUUUUCAGCCAGUACAAAAAGGACUUCAAAGUCCGGGCCAAGAAAACCGUCGACAUCUCCGUUGAUGUCGGCAUCAUUUGCGCAGCGAAGGAAGAGCACGAAGUGAACUCGAUGAAGAAGGCGGCGCGAUUGACGACAGAAAUCUUCAAAGAAGUCUACAAAACCAACUUGAUGGAAACGAUCGACGCGGACAAAAAGAUUCGCCACGUGAAAAUGUCUGCUUUGAUUGAGGACUCGCUCAAGGACCAGCGAAAGCUGCUCGGAAUCGACCCUCAGCAUGUGGAACCUUGCUUCACGCCGAUCAUUCAGUCUGGUGGAAACUACACUUUGAAGUACUCCGCUCAAUCGGAUAAAGAGUACAUCCACUUCGGCACGAUCAUUUGCUACUUGGGCAUUCGAUACAAAAACUACUGCUCGAACAUGGCGCGCACGAUGUUCGUCAACCCCAGUGACAAACAGAAGGAGAUCUACACGACGGUAACUGAGUGCAUGGAUCACAUCAUGGAGAAAAUGACGCCGGGUACAAAGCUUUCAGAGCUCUACGAAGCGGCAAAGAGCUUCCUGAAAAAUAGCAAGAAUCCAGAGCUGGCUGACAAGCUCGGCAAAAACAUCGGAUUCGGAAUGGGCAUCGUAUUCCGAGAAUCAGCCCUUGUCAUCAGUCCAAAGUGCGACGAAACACUUAAAAAGGGAAUGGUCUUCAACGUGAACUUGGCCUUUCCAGACUUGGAGAACGCGGAAGGAAAAGACGAGAAGAGCAGAAAGUACGCGAUCUCGCUGGCCGAAACUAUUCUAGUGCAAGAUGGACCCGUCGUGAAUCUGACGGCAGCGAACAGGCGAAAGACGAAAAACGUCUCGAUCUACAUCAAGGAAGCGUCGGACGAUGAAGACUCAGACGACAACAUUCAAAUGCCGGAAAAGGCGAUGGGCCGUGGAAUGCGCCAGACAAGCUUGGCAUCCAACAAGCGAGAUCAUGACACAGCUGAAAGUCGGCGAAAGAUGAACCAGGAUAAACUGCACGACCAGUUGAAUCAGGAAGCGAGGGAACGAAUUCUCGAAAACAAGGAUGGCAAAAAGGAGGAAAAACGAAAGAAGACCAACAUUUCUUACAAGACCAGUGAAGGGUUCCGAAUCGAUAAAAGAUGA